UAUACGAAACCUCAAGUAUGUCCAAAACUUUACCUAACACCACCUGGCGGAUUGAUUAAGGGAAAUGUAAAUAAGACUCUUUUGCAUGAUGUGAAUUUGGUAAUGACGCAUAUAACAUACAAUAUUUCCAAUAUACUGUCUGCCUACUCUAAGCAUUGUAAUGUUGAUGAUGAAUCAUAUGCAUGGCUACAGUCACGAAUCGAUGAUUUAAUUUCUGAUUAUAAGAACAGACUUGCUGUCCAAAUUCCACCUGUUUGCUCAAAACGUGACCUGCUCGGAAAUAUAGCAGGCCUAUUUGGUUCGGCUAAUUCAUUAACUAAAACAUACAAGAUUUCUAAACAAUUUAAAUUUUCCACAUGGUUGACAGACCAGAUGACCGCUGGUUUUCAACACAUCACCAAUAGUAAUGACAACCUAAUCAAAGCGAUCAGAUCUGAGGCGCAGGCGCUUCUAAUGAUCAGCCACACAUUGUUCAAUCAGACCCGUACCAUCGAACGUGACUUAGCCUGCAGAACAUUUGCACAAUAUUUAUUUGCUACAACCAGACAAGAAAUUCUGGACCUCCGUCUCCAUAAAACACCUAGACAUGUUUUAAGUGACUUGAUUGAAAUCUUAGAUUUAGAUAGGAUGCCAAUAGAUGCAGAAGUCUCCCCAUGGUGGGACGACACUUUCUACGAACGAGGAACACGGACACUGGUUGACACCAUGAAUCUGGUGGAAAGAACCAUCUCAGAGACUGAAUAUCAUCUUUUCCAAGCACAGGUAGAGACAAACCUGGCCCGAAAGACUGCAACGAUCCUGUCCAGCUCGUCUACGCGCUCUGCACUGAAUGCCUACACAUGGUGGGACUGGAUACUUCGGAGCUGUUCCAGCGUGUCUGAUAAAGAAGGUCUCACCCCUUUAGAUAUUGAAACAUUUGCCCUCGGUCCGGAAGGAAAGGCUCCCGAUUACAAUAAUGCUAAAGAGAUGCGAGACGCCACCCAUUUACAAGAUGGAAAUAUGUCAGAGCUCAAAAGAAGAAGAUUAAGUGACGGACAGUCUGACCAUGUUGUUGAUGUUACUGAGAGGAGCCAGGAAAAUAGCCCACAGCUACGUACAAUUUUCAGUCAUAGGAUAACUCCUGGAGCUGUCACCGGGGAGAGUCUAACCAAGAAUGAACAGCUGCUUAUCCUCUACUACCCAGGGGCCAUCGUUCUGAGGCUUCUGCAGCAGCCUGGAGUUGUCACUAAGGUUAAGGAAUGGGAAGGCAUAAUUCACAACGAGGCCGGUGUUUCUAUUGCUGAGAAGAAGCACAAAACAACUGCAUCACAAAUAGCAGAAGUGCAACUUGUGAUCUGUGGUGAUGCUCUGAGGGAGUUUGAGAUGUCAGUGAAGAAGCUUCCAGAAGCGAAAAGUGGUGGCGCGGCUGUCAUGGCACACACCAGAGUCACUGGUAAAGCACUACAGAAUGAGAACUCCUGGAGAUGCAUUUCUGGCUUCUAA